UUUAGUCCGCACUCACUAAAGAAAGAAAGAGCGCGCGUGUGUUGUGUUUGUGUUUCCUCAGUGUUUUUCUCUCUUGCGUGUUUCAUUGAGUGUAAACAGAGUCUUGUCUCUGUGUAUUUAAGUGUUGAGACGUUGAUGAUGUAUGUGCUGUAAAUCAGUAGGAACUGAUCUGUCCAUGCUGGAUAUAUUGAUGAUUUCAUCACAGAAAUCUCUCAGCUGAAGAAAGUUGUGGCGUUACUGGAGACAAAGCUGAGGUCAAGAGGAGAUUUAGCAAUGAAACGAGAGGGAUGUGGAUUGUGUGGAUCUUCAGUGUAUGUGACUGAUGAUGGGAGUCUGGAUUCAGUGUGGAUGAGCAGGGAUCAGAGCCGCACACCACAGCCACUGCUGGACUCUAGACUCUCUGAAGAGAAAUCCAGACACAAACAGGACUCCGAUCUCAGUCUGACUUUACUCUGUUAUACUGAGUCAAAGCCCACAGACACUCAGGACACUACAGUGUGUGACAGUAAACAGAGCUUACAGGAGGAUCAAACCUCCACAGAGUCUCUGGAUUCUGUCUGUAACGCUGGAGAACAGCAGCAGAUCCUGCAGACCACAAUGAAGAUGUGUUCAGUUAAACUCAUCGACUGCACGAACCUCAUGAUGAAGAUUAAAACUGAACCCACAGAAAUAAAAACUGAACCUACAGAAGAGGAAGAUCGCACUGAGGAAGAUGAUGAUUUUAUUCCAUCAGAUGUGAAGAGUGAUUCAUGUUUGGAUAUAGAAAUAACGUCCUCAACAUCAAAAGAGCGACUGACAGCACAAACUCUUUCCUGCAUCACCUGUGAAAAGACAUUCAGCUCACAGAGACAUUUAGAGAGACAUGAGAGAAAACACACAGAACAGAAACUCUUCACCAGAUCUGAGAUCAGCUUUACUACCUUGCAAGAGAAGAAACUUCAUUCAGAAGAGCAGAGAGAGAAGAAGCAGCAGUUUCACUGUGAGGAGUGUGGGAAGAUGUGUGGCUCUUCCUCUAAACUAAAAAUUCACAUGAGGACACACAGUGGUGAAAAGCCUUUCUACUGUACUGAAUGUGGAAAUUACUUUAAAACCAAAGACAAUCUUAAAGUUCACCAGAGACUUCAUACAGGUGAAAAACUUUUCAAAUGCUCUCAGUGUGACAUGACCUUUGCUCAGCCAGGUUACUUAAAAGCCCAUCAGAGAGUUCAUACUGGAGAGAAACCUCAUCACUGUAGUGUUUGUGGGAGGAGUUUUGGUCAGCGGGCUACAUUACUAAAUCACAAGAGAAUUCAUACAGGUGAAAAACCUUUUAAAUGCUCUCAGUGUGACAUGAUGUUUGCUCAGUCAGGUUCCUUAAAAGCCCAUCAGAGAGUUCAUACUGGAGAGAAACCUUUCGUCUGCUCUCAAUGUGGAAAGAACUUCACUAAUUCAUCUCAAUUAAUAGUUCAUCAGAGAGUACAUACUGGAGAAAAACCUCAUCACUGUAGUGCCUGUGGGAAAAGUUUUAGACAAGGGGGUACAUUACUAAAUCACAAGAGAAUUCAUACAGGUGAAAAACCUUACAAAUGCUCUCAGUGUGACAUGACGUUUGCUCAGUCAGGUUCCUUAAAAUUCCAUCAGAGAGUUCAUACUGAAGAGAAACCUUAACACUGUAAUGUUGGUGGGAAGAGUUAAUCAACAGUCAAACUUUGUAAAGCACCAAUGACCUUAAUAAAGGUUAUGACACCAAAAACUUGUAUAAAGUUUUAAAUAUUGUUAAAAAACAAUCAAUUAAAUGAUAAACUAACAAUUAAA